AUGCGGGGCAUACAGGUGGCCAAAUAUGUCAAAGGGCCGCAAGAGCUCAAGAUCAACGAGCUGCCUGACCCGAAGCCAAGCCCCGAUCAGUAUGUCAUCGAGGUUCACGCCGCAGCCACCAACUUCUUCGAUAUACUCCAGAUCCAAGGGAAAUAUCAACACCAGCCGCCCUUUCCCUGGGUCGCGGGCGCCGAGUUCGCCGGUGUUGUCAUCUCUACUCCCGCAUCCGUGAAGUCUCCCAAGUUCCCUGUGGGCAGCCGCGUCUUCGGCGGCAGUCAAGGCUCCUACGCAACCAAGAUCCUCGCUACCGAGGUGCAGCUGCUCCCCGUGCCCGAGGGCUGGUCCUUCCGCGACGCGGCAGGGCUCUUCGUCACCGCCCCCACCAGCUACGGCGCCCUGGUCCUGCGUGCGGGCGUCAAGGCUGGCGACUACGUCCUGGUCCAUGCCGCCGCCGGAGGUGUCGGGCUCGCCGCCGUGCAGAUUGCCAAGGCCUUUGGCGCCACCGUGAUCGCGACGGCGGGCACCCAGCGGAAGCGGGAGGUGGCAAAGAGCUUUGGCGCCGACCACGUCGUCGACUACCGCGAUGACAAGUGGCCCGAACUCGUCAAGAAGUUGACCCCCAAGGGCAGGGGCGUCGACAUCGUCUACGACCCCGUGGGCAUGGUCGACAAGUCCACCAAGUGCAUCGCCUGGAACGGCCGCAUCUUGGUCGUUGGCUUCGCUGCCGGUACCAUCGAGAAGGUCGCCAUGAACAAGGUCUUGCUGAAGAACAUCUCGCUCGUGGGCAUCCACUGGGGGCAGUAUUCCGUGCACGAGAAGGAGAGUGUGCCAGUCGUCUGGAACGGCAUCAUGCGGUUGGUCGAGCAGGGAAAGUUCAAGGGCACCGUCUUCUCGGACAAGGAUUUUGUCGGUUUGGAGAGCAUACCAGAUGCCUUGGUAGCCCUAGGCGGAAGAGAAUCGUGGGGCAAGGUCGUGGUCACGGUUCCGCAGGGGAGCGAAAGCAAGCUAUGA